ACAUCUUUUAUCUGUAAUUGCAAGCAAAACUGCUGAACUAAUCAACUCUUCAUGUUCUCACAAGAAUAUUACAAAGGUGAGAAAUCUAAUAAUUCAACUUUUAUCUUCCAUUCCAUCUUUAUCAUAAAACAUAAAAUGUGAAGUUCUGAUAUGGAAGAUAAGAGAGUGAAUAUAAUCGCUGCUAUAUCAGUGGUAACACUGAUUAUCAUCAUAAUCAUUGCACGUAUUUUGUUAAAGCUGUCAAAGGCUUUCUUCCUCAUCUGUGGCGCUGGCGUGGCUGUGAUCCUUGCAGUAUUUGGUUUUGUUUUUCUCAGCUUAAUCUACAAACGCAGACGGAGAAUAUUGGAAUCACAGUUGAAAUCAGAAGGUCAAGAGAUUCGAAUAGAGUACAGUUUCUUAAGAAAGGUUGCAGGGGUUCCAACAAAGUUCAGAUACAAUGAGCUUGAGGAAGCAACAGAUGGAUUUCAAUCACUUAUUGGAAGAGGUUCUUCGGCUUCGGUUUUCAAAGGAAUUCUCAAUGAUGGAACUUCGGUUGCUGUGAAAAGAAUUGAUGCAGAAGAAAGAGGAGCAAGAGAAUUUAAAUCAGAAGUUGCAGCUAUAGCUAAUGUUCAUCAUGUGAAUCUUGUGAGACUUUUUGGGUAUUGUAAUUCUUCUUCAGCUCCUAGGUACCUUGUUUAUGAUUAUGUAUCAAAUGGAUCAUUAGAUUGUUGGAUUUUCCCGAAAAGGGAUUCGCAAAGGCGUCCACGUCCUGGUGGAUGCUUGUCGUGGAACUUGAGGUAUAAAGUUGCAAUUGACGUUGCUAAAGGACUCGCAUAUCUUCACCACGAUUGCAGAUCAAGGAUCUUACAUCUUGAUAUAAAGCCAGAAAAUAUACUCUUGGAUGAGACUUUUAGAGCACUUGUUUCAGAUUUCGGCCUUGCAAAGUUAACUGGUAAAGACGAAAGUCAAGCGGUGUCUACAAUAAGAGGAACAAGAGGUUAUAUGGCACCAGAAUGGCUUUUAGAAAAGGGUAUUUCAGAUAAAACUGAUGUAUAUAGUUACGGGAUGGUUUUAUUAGAGAUUGUUGGAGGAAGAAAAAAUGUGUGUUUGGUUGAAGACGAAAAGGACAAGUCAAAAAGGAAAUGGCAAUAUUUUCCGAAGAUUGUAAACGAGAAAGUGAAACAAGGGAAAAUCAUGGAAAUUGUUGAUCAUAGGUUAAUGGAAUGUGGUGGUGUUGAUGAGAGGGAGGUGAUUAAAUUGGUUUAUGUUGCUUUAUGGUGUGUGCAAGAGAAGCCAAGGUUGAGGCCUAGUAUGGCUAGAGUGGUUGAUAUGCUUGAAGGGCGUGUGAGAGUGGAUGAGCCACCAGGUACAAGAAUGAUUCUUGUUGAUUUUCUCAGUGUUGAUGAUGAUAAUGUUACAGAUAGUAAUAACUUGCCAAGGUUGGACACUAUGUCUAGUCAAGGAACACAAAGCAAUGUGGAAUGUAAUUCUACCUACUCUUUUGCUACUACUGUUUUCUCUGGAAGAUAGUAAUUAGUUGCUAUACUGGGCUUAUGAAACCGUGUUAUUUAUUUGAUUCUGCUUCAUGUUCUUCGUUUUGAAAAUUGCUCUUCUCCUUUUCAAAAUUGUUCAUUUCCGGACCCAUUUGGGUUGGUCUAAUGGUAUUGGUUUAGGAUUUGGGAGUAUGCUCCUCCUCAAAGUCUCAGGUUCGGUGCCAAUUUAGGUGGGUUAGUUUAGCUUC